AUUUUAUCCUCUAGCUUGACAUACAUUUCAGCUACCAACUGAAGAAGAGAAGCUCCAAGUAAACCUCAUGCUGAAUUGAGGACAGUCAUGGUGGUGAAGAAGAAGACGGCCAAAGUAGAGGCUGUGGUUUUGGAUGAGGAGAACCUACACAAGCUGAUAGCAUCCCUCUCUGUGGAUGGAGGAGAGGAUGGAGUCAGGCAAGUUGCCCAGACCCUGCAGUCCUGCUUGGAGCUGACCGAGCCGGUGCAGCAGAUCCAGCUGGUUAAAAAGGCAGGGUCCCAGCUGGAGGCACUGAGUGAAGAGGAGCCUGAUGGAGCUCUUCUACAGGCCUGUCUACACACCCUGUCUCUGGUCUACACCUCCCUGCAGGCCAAGAACCCCCUACGACGAGCCAUUGCCAGUGCCUUGGGUUCAGUACCAGCCUGGCUACAAGAGCAUACUGUAAGCAGUUUGUCUGCCUGCUUGUCCCACUGUCUGUCCAACCCAACUACAGACCAGUAUCCACACCUCGUAGACACCAUCUCUGCCUGUCUGGAUGGCUUCCCUCUCGGUGAGAGAUGCAUUCACAAACUGCUGCCGGAAGUGUUGCAUUUUCUUCACAGGGGAUUAAGUGAAUACCUUCACCAGAACAGUGGUCUAGCAGGACGUCACAUUGUCCAGGCCCAGCUGAUGCAGUCCUGUCUGGCAGCCGUGAAGACCUCCAUGCUGGUGAUCCAGAGAUCCCAGGAGACCAUCGGCGCUGCCCUGCAGGCUGAACAGAAUCACUGCAAGCUGGAGGACACGAUGAGCAGCCUCCUGGGCUGCUACACACACAUCCUCACUGAUGAGGAGUUCGUCCAGUCAGUCCAGAGUACAGCCGGCAUGGCUGUAGUGUUAUUGAUCAGGUCUGUCAUGGGUCGUGGAGAUGAAGUUGCCUCUGUGGUGUGCAGUUUGCUGCGCGGCUCAGCGCAGGGUUUGGACUCCGCUCCUCAGUGGCUAAAGCAGAGGUGUGAGGGACUGUGGACCAGUGGUCGCCCGCCGGGUGUCUCUCUCUAUCUGUGUCAUGGGGCUUUGGCCAUGUUGAGCUGGAAGGGCGCUUUCCCAGGGCCCCGGUGGGAAGAGUUGCUGCUGUUGGUCCCAAACACGCUGCUGGAUCUAGAUGUCAGUAUAAAGGAGUCCAGUACAGCCAUGGUGGUGGCCCGGGUGUUGACCCUGUGGAGCAGUGCUGCGCUUGACUGCCUGCAGGGGGAGAGGCUGCCCUGCCCUCCGCGCCUCCGACAGUCCCUCAGCGGCGGCUCGGAGCUACAGCGACAACUGCUGGAGCACAUCUACUCCCACUGGGAGCACCCGCUGGACGGAGUCCGCCACCAAACCCGCUCCCUGUUUCGCAACCUCCUCCUCCUCCAUCAGCGCACCAACCCGUCUGUCUCCGACCCAACCAAGGACUCUUACGUCACGGAGCUCUCCCAAAGCCUGCUGGGACUGGAGUGGCACAUGAGGGGGAAGUACGGCUCCUUGGGCUGCCUCGUGGAGCUCUUUGGGGCAGGCUACCUGCUUGACAUCCAACCCCAGCUGCCUUCAUGUCUCCUGGGCCUUAUGGGGGACCAGACCCUGGCUCCUUAUGCCAGCGACCUCCUGGAGAGGCUGUUUGUCAGCCACAAGGCACAGCUGGCCAGUGAGGCUGUUGCGGGGGACAAGACGGCCACAGAGGACUGGAUGGAGUGUUGGCACCAGACGUGGGUAACCCCCCUGCUACAGGUGCUGUGCCGUGCCAGGCUGGACCAGACCACGUACAUCCUGGACUAUUUCCUGCCCAAGCUGCUACGCUGCAGCCCCUCCAGUCUGGCGCACAUGGUGCAGGCCUUGCAGGACCCACCGCCAAGCAGCACAGGCCCUUCAGGCAGCAGGGGUGCACUGGGAGCUCUCAUGACAUGUUUGCGGGCAGCCAGGGCCCAGGGUGUUGUUCCAUCCUCAAAGGAGGGUCUGUGGGGAGGACUGGUGCCCCUCUCCCUACUCCAACAAGCACUGGUACACAAACAUGAUCAAGUGAGGUUGGAUGCUUUGGGGUUGGUGUGUGAGAGCCACCGCAGCACUGAAGCGCUGUCCUCCCAGGAAAUGGACCUGAUCCGCCACUUCCUGCUGCCUAAUCUCAACAGUCAGUCACCAGGCGUCAGACAGCAGACAGUCAGCCUGCUGAAGAAGCUGCUUUGUAGAGAGUUCCUGCGCUGGCUGUGUGUGAGGCUGCUGGAGGUUUUGCUUCCUGGAGCUUCCUUCUCUAAAUGCCUUAUGUCCCUCCACCUGCUGUGUCUACUGGGGGAGCUCUUCACCUUCAGCACUGGCCCUGAUGUGUUUGCCCUCAGUGAAGUUGUAACCUCUGCCCAUGCUCAGAAUGUCCUCUACUGUGUUGCCAGCAACUUCCUGGAAGUCAAACAACUGGCCUCAACGUUACUACGGCAACUCCCACCAUCAGCUGUGGGACUACAGGUGCCAGAGAGGAUGCGCAGUGUUCUUCAGGCUGCUCUGGACCUCAGUACCAGCACCAAGCCUUUUGACAGCGUCACAGCAGCCCACCUCCUCAACCUGCUGCUCCAGCAGCCAGACCUGGGCCAGGCUCUGCUGCACUGUGCCCAGGAGCAGGGCCUCGAGUUCCAGCCUCCCUCCUCACCGCCCCAGGCUUCUGAGACCGUCAUGUUGGAGCUCAACACACUGGCUGUGGUCCAGUUCUUGCUGUGCUGUCUGCAGUUAGAGGUGUCCAGGUCUGAGUCAUCUCUCUUGCAGGCAGCUGCUUCCUAUCCUCUCUAUGGCAGAGCCCACUGCAUUACUGCUGUCCUGCAGCACCUAAACACGGAGACUUUGAGCCAGCCUGAGCAGUGGAGAUGUCUGGUGUCAGACCUGAUCGCUGUGUGCUACAGGAUGUCUGACGUGGUCUCCCCUGUAGUCCAGAGUUCCUCCCCAGAAGGACUCAUCCCCAUGGAUACAGACUCAGAGACGUCAGCAGGGCUGCACAGGAUCCUGCAGGAGAUUCAGCCCAGGGACACCAAUGACUUCUUCACACGUGCCAGAGAGCUGGACACACACCAAGGAGAUGAUCACACACAGACCCAGACCCAGACCCAGACCACACACACACCGUCACUGAACACAGGCGGCGAGGGCUACAGGGUGACAGCCCAGAUGGUGCUGGUGUGUUGCUGGCGGAGCAUGAAGGAAGUGGCCAUGCUGCUUGGACAGCUGUGUCAGAGCCUGCCUCUGCACUACACCAAGGACACCCACGCACACCCUGGACUCAUCACAGAAGAACAGGUGGAGGGGGUAGGCCUGUACUUCCGUCAGCAGCUCCUGCAGUCCCGUCAUCGUGGCGCCUUUGAACUGGCUUAUGUAGGCUUUGUACGCCUCACCGACAUGCUGUGCAGGAGUGGAAGUCCGGCCCUGCAGCAGCUUCCGGCCCGCUGGCUAUCUGAGGUUCUGGAGGAGGUCAAAUCCUGCGACCCGUCAUCCAAGCUGUGUGCCACACGACGCAGCGCUGGCAUACCCUUCUACAUCCAGGCUCUGCUCUCCUCUGAGCCCAAGUCGUCAAGUUGCAGUCUGUUGAAAAUGACCAUGAGAGAACUGACUGCUUUGGCCAUGCCCUCUGCUAACCGGAACACUGACAGCUCCACCGUCCCUCAGGUCCAUGCUCUGAACAUCCUCAGGGCUCUGUACAGGGACACUCGUCUGGGGGAAAACAUCAUUCCCUUUGUCUCCGAUGGAAUGCAAGCUGCUGUACUGGGCUUCACCUCUCCUGUUUGGGCAGUGAGGAACUCCUCCACUCUUCUCUUCAGCACUCUGAUCACAAGGAUCUUUGGAGUGAAGAAGGGGAAGGACGAGCACUCGAAAAAGAACAGGAUGACGGGCCGAGAGUUUUUCACUCGGUUUCCAGCUCUCUAUCCGUUCCUUCUGAACCAGCUGGAGGAGGCUGCAGCCACGGUGGAAAGUGACAGUGGUCAUGUGAAGCUUCACCCAAGUCUGUUCCUGCUGCUGCUCGUGCUCAGUCGACUCUACCCUUCUCCUAUGGAUGGAUCAUCUUCACCUCUGGGUCUCGCUCCUUUCAUGCCCUUCAUCAUUAGAUGUGGCCACUCGGCAGUGUAUCGGACCAGAGAAAUGGCGGCUCGGGCCCUCGUCCCCUUUGUGCUGGUAACCCAGGUCCCAUCCACCGUCAACGCGUUACUGCAGGAGCUCCCUGCAGCGCCCGGACCCAAAAUCCAACACAACCACAUCCACGGGACUCUGCUGCAGGUGCUGUUUUUGCUGCGCUCCUACCAGACUGACUCACACAGACCCCUGCCAGCAGGAAAUGGCAUCACCGAAGGCCUCUGUCAGCGCAUGUGGCUCGCCUCUCGACAAAAUGGCUGCGUGGUGACCAGAGGAGCCUUUCUGGAUGUGUUGGUGUGCCUGUGUGGGCUGAAGAUCAGUCUUCUGGAUGAUUCCGAGGUCAGUGAUCUCCGCCAGGAAGCGCUGUCCAUCCUGAUGGCCUCAGACCUCGUCACCUCCGACGCUCCCUCCGCCACCCCGGGGCCCGGCAACGCCCAGUACCUGCUCAGCCUGGCCCGAGUGGCCCUCAGCGCCGGCGUGGAGAUCCCCGAGCUCUGGGGGGGUCCACGGGUCACCAGCCAGCUCCUGCAGUGUCUGCUGCGGUGCCCGCUGUACGAGGUGAGGGAGCUGGCACUGGAGGGGGUCCUGAGGAGGCUGCAGGAGGAGGGAACGAAGAGGAGACCUCAGUGGGUGGACCAGACCACCCUGUCUAACCUGACCGGCCUGGCUCUUCACGAGACACACCCCCAGUGUCUGGCCAAUGUCCUCACGGUGUUGGGCGUGUUGAGCUCCGGCGGGGAGCUGGAAUGGAGGGACGGUGGGAAGAUGUUGUCCCAGGAGGAGGUCCGGCUGCACCUUCUUGCUCUGGCUCAGAAUUCUUCUCACAGUGUGGAGCUCCACUGUGCUGCCCUGACCCUGCUCUCUCUACUGGUGGUUCAACUGGUGAACUCCAACCCUCAGGGUGCGAGUGCAGUGGCUUGUUUAGCUCAGUGGGCGGAGCUGGUGUGCUCAUGCUGCAGCGAGGAGCAGCCAGCGGAGGUGAAGCUAACGGCCGCCACGGUGCUGGUCAGCUGUACAGCCACUGUGCUGACCAGCCCUCGUCUGCCCCUGGGUCUGUCCACGACAGUCUCUCUGUGGAGGAGUCUGUUUACGCUGCUGCAGGAUGAAGACCAGGAUGUCCGUGAUUCAGCAUCUGACUUCAUCUCUAACGUACCAGCACAUCUCCUCCGUACAGAUGUCCCCGGUGUGUCCGUGUGUCCUCCGGUGGCCCUGGACUCAGGCGUGGAGCUCCUGUGUCGGCUCUUUGAGCUGUGGGGGCAGGUACCGACGGGUGUCCUCGCUCUGACCGAGUGGCUGCUGGGAGAUGAAGAAGCCUACGAUGACGCGGUUCCAGACGAGGCUUCCAGUCUGAACGAAGAGGACUUCCUGUUCGAGAAGGGGGAUCUGAACCUGUGGGCCGAGCCGGUCCAGUGGGCGAAGCUGCUCCACAGACACGUCGGCUCCCUCGCAGACACCUUUAAGCAGACCCAGGCCCCAGGAAGCGCAGUCCACCAAAUCCAUACGCUGUCGACGCGGGCCCGAGCCGAGGCCCUGGGCUCGCAGCAGGCCCUGGACUCCCUCCCUGGCCUGCCCCAGUUCUCCUUCACCACGGAGCACACCCGCCUGCUGCUGCGGCACCAGAGGGCCACUCUGGCUCUAGAUAUGCUAGAGAGGCUGAGGUAGAGAAGUUAGCAGUGUUUGCCUCUUAAUAGCACCCUUUUUCUUAGGAAAACAAUUGUUAAAAGUCAGGGUUUGUAAUAUUGAAAUAAAGGAAAAGUUAUCAGGUAAAUGCUGCAAUGAACGAACGCAUGAGACCACAGACUGGCUAUGUGGUCAUGUCUUUUUAUUAUCACGUCAAGGGAAUGAAGGAAACAUUGGGUUGUUUGUUUUUUUACUCUGUACUUGUCUCUUAUUUUGUCUUUCAAAUGUUGCCCUCACUGAUUACCAGAUGUGUUUUUAAUUUUUAUGAUUACAGUUCCUUGGUGUCU